AUGGUGAAUCUGGAGAGUUACGACAGCGAGGGACCCCACACGCCAGAGACGGACGACUCUGCUGAAGGGAAGCUCAAAGCCAUCAAACCGCCCUGUGAAUCAGACUUCCAGACUAUCAAACUCAUCAGCAACGGAGCGUAUGGGGCUGUGUAUUUAGUCAGACACAGAGAAACCCGGCAGCGCUUCGCCAUGAAGAAGAUCAACAAACAAAACCUGAUCCUCAGGAACCAGAUCCAGCAGGCGUUCGUGGAGCGGGACAUUCUGACCUUCGCCGAGAACCCCUUCGUGGUCAGCAUGUUCUGCUCUUUCGAGACUCGCCGUCACCUGUGUAUGGUCAUGGAGUACGUGGAGGGUGGCGACUGUGCAACCCUGCUGAAAAAUAUCGGAGCCCUUCCUGUGGAAAUGGCCCGGAUGUACUUUGCCGAAACGGUUUUAGCGCUGGAGUACAUUCAUAAUUACGGCAUCGUACACCGAGACCUGAAGCCAGACAAUCUGUUGAUCACGUCGAUGGGCCACAUUAAGCUGACGGAUUUUGGCCUGUCAAAGAUGGGUCUCAUGAGUCUGACCACUAACCUGUACGAGGGACACAUUGAGAAGGACGCCAGGGAGUUCCUGGACAAACAGGUGUGUGGCACACCGGAGUACAUCGCCCCGGAGGUCAUACUCAGGCAGGGCUAUGGGAAACCAGUGGAUUGGUGGGCCAUGGGCAUCAUCCUCUACGAAUUCCUAGUGGGCUGUGUGCCGUUCUUCGGAGACACGCCAGAAGAGCUGUUUGGUCAGGUGAUCACAGAUGAUAUUGAGUGGCCCGUGGGAGACGAGGCGCUGCCUGGUGAAGCUCAAAGCCUGAUUUCUGACCUGCUGCAAACCAACCCUCUAGUGCGACUGGGCACAGGUGGAGCGUUUGAAGUGAAGCAGCACUCGUUUUUCUCGGGAUUGGACUGGAAUGGUUUACUUCGACAGAAGGCCGAGUUCAUCCCUCAUCUAGAGUCUGAGGAGGACACCAGCUAUUUCGACACGCGGUCCGAGCGUUAUCGACACAUCAACUCCUAUGAUGAGGACGACACCAAUGACGAUGAGCCAGUAGAGAUAAGACAGUUCUCCUCCUGCUCGCCGCGCUUCAGCAAGGUCAGUCUGACACAUGGCUGCAUCCAUAUUUCAUGCUUUCUCUCUCAGAAACACUCUCGAGUGUGUAAACAGACACAUUAACACUUAUCCUUUUAUAUCCGUCUUUCUUUUGUUUAAUUUUUCACGAUCCAUCAAGGUUACCAUUUCAUUCCUUUUAGAGAAGACAAGGCCUAGUUUUUAUUCCAAUGAUUGUGUUUAUUUUUGCAUUGACACAAACAUUAAUGCAUUUUUAAAAGCGUAUAGUUUCUGACAGUUUUGUUUCUGUCUUAUCUCUUCUUCCAUGUUAUACUCCAUAUAAACAUUUUUUCCCUGGAAGGAAUCUUAAUGUGUUUUUUUAAAUGUAGGCGUUUCAUUAAAAAAACACUUGUGUGCAGCAGCGGCCUUCAGAUAAGCACACGCAAUUGCACGCUUACAUAAUAAACAUUCUCUGAUCUUCGGUGUAAAUGUGUUAAGGGUUCUUCACAAGACAUGCGACCCUCUUCAGGACCACUUGCUGAACAAAGACUUUGGAUUUUUUAAACAAGAAGACAAAAACGCAAUUAUGCAAAUGGCAAAAUGACUGGUUGAAAAAAAAAAUUCAACUGAUUUCAAGCACUAAAAUAUCAAAAGAA